GUCGGCGAUCGCCGCGAGCCUUCGAGAGCAGCGGUCGCGGAGGAGGCGGCGGCGGCGGCACCGGCUCGGACCUGCAGCGCGCGCGCAUCCCCGGGCGCCCUGCACCGCGACGAGCUCCGCGGGCCGCGGGAGCCUGGACAGGAGUGGACAAAGCAAGAUGGCAGGGAUCUUAGCCUGGUUCUGGAACGAGAGGUUUUGGCUUCCGCACAAUGUCACCUGGGCGGACUUGAAGAACACGGAGGAAGCCAACUUCCCGCAGGCUGAGGACCUCUAUCUCGCCUUCCCCCUGGCCUUCUGCAUCUUCAUGGUGCGGCUCCUCUUCGAGAGGUUUGUAGCCAAACCGUGUGCGAUAGCCCUCAACAUUCAGGCCAGUGGACCCCAGGUUGCCCAGCCCAAUGCCAUUCUGGAGAAGGUCUUCACUGCCAUCACCAAGCAUCCUGAUGAGAAGAGAUUGGAAGGCCUCUCCAAGCAGCUGGACUGGGACGUUCGCAGCAUUCAGCGCUGGUUUAGACAAAGACGCAACCAGGAGAAGCCAAGCACACUGACGAGGUUCUGUGAGAGCAUGUGGAGAUUUUCAUUUUACCUUUACGUAUUUACCUAUGGAGUCCGGUUCCUGAAAAAGACACCCUGGUUGUGGAAUACAAGGCACUGCUGGUACAACUACCCCUAUCAGCCACUCACAACUGACCUUCACUACUAUUAUAUCCUGGAGCUCUCGUUUUAUUGGUCUUUAAUGUUUUCCCAGUUCACUGACAUCAAAAGAAAGGACUUCGGCAUUAUGUUCCUGCAUCACUUGGUGUCUAUUUUCUUGAUUACCUUUUCAUAUGUCAACAACAUGGCCCGAAUAGGGACCCUGGUUCUCUGUCUUCAUGAUUCAGCAGAUGCUCUUCUGGAGGCUGCCAAAAUGGCAAAUUAUGCCAAGUUUCAGAAAAUGUGUGAUCUCCUGUUUGUUAUGUUCGCCAUGGUUUUCAUCACCACGCGACUGGGUAUAUUUCCUCUCUGGGUGUUAAAUUCCACGCUAUUUGAAAGUUGGGAGAUUGUUGGACCUUAUCCUUCCUGGUGGGUUUUUAACCUACUGCUGUUGCUGAUACAAGGCUUGAACUGCUUCUGGUCUUACUUGAUCGUAAAAAUAGCUUGCAAAGCUAUUUCAAGAGGCAAGGCUGGGAAGUGGAACCCUUUACAUGUGUCCAAGGAUGAUCGAAGUGAUAUUGAAUCUAGCUCAGAUGAGGAGGACUCGGAAGAAACUCCAAGGAAGAAACCCCACACUGCAACCACCACCAAUGGAACCAGCGGUACCAAUGGCUAUCUCCUGACCGGCCCUUGCUCCCUGGAUGAUUAAUUACUCAAAACUACAAGUCCAGAACAAAGUGAACUGUUUGUUCCUGGAAGUAUUUAAUAAGUUGCAAAUGCAGUUCCUUUCAUAAUAUCUCAGCACCAGAAACAAAAAUUAGGAUUAUCCAAGCAUUUUGACUAGUGCACUGCCAUAUGUCCCGUCUGUGAAUGAAGAAGAAUUACCAUUCUCUAUAUGUAGGCAUGCUGUAUUUGUAAUUGACACAAGGGAACAGUAUUUGCAUUUGUAUUGUGUUAGAAUAUUAUUUAUUUUUUGUAUUUGUUUAUAAAUCUGUGGACAAAAGGAGGUUUCCUCUUUCCUUUUACUCCCUGGGCUCGUGACAGUGAGGAAGAUGCUCCAUCUGCUUCGACCCCUUUCUCCUGCUGCAGCCCCAUUUGCUAGGAGCACCCGCUUAACUUGUCUUAGGGCAAGCAAAACCCAGUGCAAGAUUCCCCUACCGCUCCACAUAGGUUUGCUUUCUUUGUGUCAGUGCCUGGUCGCAGUGACCAUUCCCCUAGCAUAUAGUGUAAACAGGGCAGGGUUUUUGUUGUCACUCUUCCUGGUCAUUUAGCAGUUUAAAUGAAAGAGCAUCGUCGUUGGAGGGCUUUUUAAAAAUUGUUUUGUAUUAGAUGGCUUUGGAAUAGACUUCAUCUCUUGUGUGCACAGCCAAGAUUUCUUCAGUGAGUGUGGUAGCUAGUUGGAGAUUCACCUUGUAGGUUACAGAGAUCUUUUUAUUCUGUUAUGAGGUCAGAGCCCUGGCUCUGGAGGAAGACAUUGCUGAAGGUCACAGUCACAGAGAAACCACUCUCACUCUCUGGAAUUAGUCUCAUGAUCUGAGAAUAGCAUAGAGAGAGCAGCUGAUCACAACCAGAUUCUACCAUUGCCCCUGUGUCAUGUCAUGAAAAAGAGAAAUCGAGUAUAUUUUGGAGCAGAAAAAAAGAGAGUUAAAAGAGUUGGCAAAGGUCACCUCUGGUGCAAAGCACUUUAUUGCAUCUGCUUUCAAAGAAAGUGCCGUAUCUAGUAUUUGAAUUUGAAGUUUUAUUUUUCUGAGCAAAAUAAAGCCAAUGGGAGAAAGACUCUUUCACCCUUCGUCUUUUCUCCCCAACAUAACUCAGAAAGACUUGCCUAUUACUAGAGGAGCAUUGCACUUUCAUUUGCUUCUUUGAAGAUUUGUUCAAUUUACAGGCAUUUUUUACUCAAACGAAACUAUUGCCAGAAAAACAAAAUUCGACGAGAAUGACGAUAUUGGCAAAGAGAAAGACUACUGAAAAAUACAUUUCCAUAGUCUCCUACAUGGCAGUGUUAUUUAUGUAUAGGUAAGAAAACCAUACACACAAACCAAAGACUUUAUCUCCUUCCUUCCAACUUUUAGUAAGGGAAUAAAAAGGUCUCACAAAUACCUGCUUUAUAAAUCAAAAAGACCAUCAUGUAAAACGAGAGUUGAAAAGCACAGUGCAGUGACAUAAAUGUGUGAAUCAGGCAUAGUGCAGACAGCAGCAAAAUACUAGCGAGUGUAUGCGCUGCUCAGAGCCAUUCACAUUCAGUCCCAUUUUUUGAAAAAAUAAUAAAUAAAUAAAGCUUUGUGCUCACAAUUUACGAUCUAGUUAAAAGAAUGCUCACAAACAAUAACCUCACACGGUAAUAUUAAAUCUUCCCCCGCCUUGUUACAAACUAGUAUGUUUCUUGUUUGGUCCAUAGCAGUAACUGCAGAGGCUUGGAAAUAUGUCUGCCUGUUUAUUGAAACACCAUGCAACCGACUCUUCAUGUAAAACCUUACUGUUCACAAAACAAGGAUAUGCUUAGGAGUGUAAUUUGGGGAUGGUUUGAUUUUAUAAGGCCAAUAUAAAGUGUCAAAAGUACUUCUGAACAUCUGCUAAGAUGCAGAUAAAUAAAAAGUAACAGCAAGCAUGUUAGGGCUGAAAAUUUUUGAGAAGGUGAAAAUUUAUGUUCUUAAAAACUAAAAUACGGCAGAGAAGAGUGGAUUGUAGCUUGCUUUAGUGUGCAGAGCAAGUCUCCGUGGGUGAAAUAAACCAGAGAACCACAGUGUGUUCAAACUGGGAACAUCUGACACUCUUGAGCACAAAAGAACAAUUUCAAAAGAUCAGCUUACACAUUAUUAAGGAAGAGUUGCAUACCCUGAAGUAAAUUGAGUCUAUCCUUAGCAAAGACAAACCUAAACAAUCUUUUGUUUUUUCCAAAAGUCGUUUAGAAGGAGGACUGGGAAUACUUGGAGCCUCUCUGACUGAUGGCAUCAGUUUAACCAAGUCCUUAAUAGAUCUACAGAUUUUCAUUUCAUUUUACAUUUUAGGGCAAAGAGUUCUUUUUGACUAAUCAAAAUGGUGUUUGUAGGCCUCUUGAGGUGAAGAAUAAUAUAUCUCUGUCUACUGCUCUCCCAUGGUGGCCUGAUAAGACUGAGAGAGAAAAAUGUCCUCUACUUGUGCCAGGCCAUAGUUCUGGAAGUGUAUUCUGUAAACUCAACUGUAGGUUAGUGAGAGUGUUGUUUCCAUUAAUUAACUUAGCCAAUGUUGAUAUCUCCUUCCUCCUGGUCACAUUCAAACUUUCCCAGGGUACUAAGGGUAUGUAGGAAGGACUCUAGAAAAAAUAUACUUUAUUCUCUAAUGUUAUAUAGCUCUUCUAGAUCUCUUAGUGAGGGAAAAAGUAGAAAAUUGAGUAGAAUUUUGGCCUUGGGUCAAUAAAUGGUAUCAAUGUGUGAUCUAUGUAUGUAUAUGUAUGUUUUUAAAAAUGUGAUAAAACCAAAAUAUCACUAAUUCAUUCUUAUCCAUAUUCUUUUCAUAAAAACCAUUCACUAUGUACAAUUGAAACUUCCUGCCUCUCAACUUCCUGUUCAUGUUACACACACAGCUGAGAGUCAUCGAAUCUCUUCAGUCUCUCAGCCUCAGAGCAAAAUAUUGCAGAAUCUAGAAUGAUAGAGGGCCUACAGUCAGCAGAUAUGCCAAAUACAGUUCUCAUUCCUAAAUUAAGUCCUAUGAGUGUUGAGAAUAAGGAAAUGACUAUCAGUAUUUUGGGUUAUUGAACUAUGUUAGAAAAAACUGCAUAUGAUUGCUGCUUCACUCCAAGAUUUUAUUACAGUGAAAUCUCACUCCUGCUAGGCUUCUUGAUAAUGGUGUUCUGAGGUACCAAGACAUAAUGAAACACACCUGACGAAGAUAAACUGGGAAGAAAGGUUGGUUCUCUAAAGAAAGCAAGCAGUUGGGUGAGAGAAAUUACUCUAGUGAAAUAAGAUUAGAUCACCUUUAGCCAAAUGGUGAUUGAACCUCAAAAUGUCCAGUUCUAUUGCCACACUUUCCAUAUAUUAGAGCUUGGAUUUGAGCAAAUUGAAUACUUUCACCUUAGAUACAAGUAAAAAAAUGAGAUUUUAUUUCAACAUACUUGAGUCUUUGCAAGAGCUCUUCAUAAAAGAACGUUAUGGACACCUGUGAUUGUUCCCAAUCUAUUCAUGAUUUUUUAUUGAUAGUUAUUUUUAUUCCUUUCUUGGAAAUGUUAAUACCAAAGUUGCCUGAAUAUUUGAGUGUUUUUCUUAAUUUGAAGUAUAAAAAGUAUACAGAAUAAAUCCAAAGGUGUUAAAAGGUUCUGUUUAUCAGUAUGUGUGAUGAUGUCAUUAUGUCCAGAGAGGUUCAAGAAAUCCGUUCGGGGGGAAAAAAAAGUUUUAUGUUUACAUUUCAUGUGCUAUUUGAGUUCUUAAGAUUCCAAUUAGCUUACUUUUUUUUUUUCUUUGUCUCUGGCUGAUUCCUGCUUUGUUGAUAAAUAAUAAUAGCCCUGAAAUGUUUCUAACAUUCAAAUAAGAAAAAAUCAGAUCAAAGUCAGCCUGAUGAUAAAGUGAUGACAUGGCACUUUCAGUCUCUACGUAACUUGUAUGGAAAGAAAAUGCAGUUAGCUCUAGUUAUUGCAUUUGCUGUCUAGCAUUCUAUUCAUGGAAGAAUACUGUCAAUAAUCAUAAAGAGUUCUUAAAGUCAUGCAAAAUGCAGCAGGAUAUGUUUUUAAUGAAGAUAUUGUUGUCCCCAGAGUCAAUUUAAGUUUCUCUUGGUAAAAUGAAAUUAUACCAUUCUCAAAUUACCUAAUAGUAAUUAACACUGGUUCACACUGUGGCCACAUUUUAGUUCUUCAGUCAUAAUCCAGAAGAGUCCUCUGGUUUGCCUCUAUGUGCCUACUCUCCCCUAGGGGGCGCCCAGUAAAUGCUGAGGAGGCCUGUCCUCUUGCCCACUCCAUGCCUUUGGAACUCUUCUAAUAUAUACUCAGAGGGAGCAUACCAGGUGCUGGCUUUCAUGGAGAAAAUUAUAUUAAAGAACAUAAAACAUCAUAAGGAACUGUUGGUAAGAUCUGCAGACACCCAAAAGAGAACCAUAGUACUUCCAGGUAUUUCGAACUUGGGUUCGACCUGAAGCCUUUGAAAAGAACACAUUACUAAAUGGCCACAAGCUAAGACCUCAUCAGAUCAAAGAAAUAAAAAAUCUCUAGCCAGAUCGCAUAUUGUAUUGUGUCUCCAAAAUACUGGCAUUCUCAAGAUUGUGCAGGAAAUGAUGGGAGGGACCUGUUAGCCUAAAAUCUGUGUUGUUUAUCUCAUUCACUCACAUUCCUUUCAGCCUCCUGGAACUCCUGAUAAAAGGACGCCAAAAUAUUGUCACUUUUUUGCUGUCAAUUUCCCAUAGCCUUUGAAUCAGUUGUACCCCACUUCCUUUUCUGCCUGAUGCCAUUUUUCUUAAAAAGUGUUGUGUCCACAUAAGCCUGUUUCCCUGAACACAGGUCCAUGAAAGGUUGGCUUCCUAUGUAUUCUGCAUGGCCUGGAUACCAGGAACAACAGCUGUGGGUAUGAUUUCUAUGUUAAGUGGGGGGAAAAAGAAAUUUUAUAGAGAUAAUUUUGGGGAGUCUACAGUAAUAUUUUAAACUGUCAUUGUAAAACUGCCCUUUAAAAAUGAGAGUUUUUUCAAGAUUAGUUGCCAAAGAGAAAUUAGCUCUGUAAUAGGAACAGUAAUGUGAUGAUUCUGGAACUUUAACUUAGAGCUUCAUUAAUUUAAACAUGGAACAUACCGUCCAAGUUUGAUUCCCAAAAGCUUUAUAAUGCUGCUAGCUCAUGACUCCCAUCAGCUCUUUGUUUGCCCACAUUAUCAGUGACCUCAGUAGCCAUUUGUUGUCAUGCAAGGGGGAGGUGGUUAGUUUUGGGAUUUGAUUUUUUUUCAGCUUGCAGUGAGAAAUAGGGUAGGUGACAAAACCUUUCUUUUUUUGUAAGACAAUUCAGUGCUUGGGCAUCUGUCAGAAGUGGAAUGGUGUACUGUUAGCCAAUUAGAAUUAUUUUAUGUACUGUUGUUGUGCUGAUUUUUAUAUGAAAAUAUAAUUAUUCAUUGUUGUUCUCUGGACACAAUUGUUAUUAUGAGGAUCAUUUUACUUUGGAAACACUUUCAUAAUAAAGAUAAGCAUUAAGA